AUGCCGAUGACUGACGGACCUUCGAAAUCAUCCCGACGGCGGAAGAAGGACAAAUCCUCCUCGCGCCGUAAGAGCAAACAAAAACCCAAAGUUGAGGACGAACUCUAUGCCAUUAAGGACAUAAUAGACGAAAAGUACGAGAGAGGGAGAGUCUGGUAUAGGAUCGACUGGGAAGACGACCCAAACACGGGCGAACAGUUUGACCCCUCCUGGGAGCCUGCAGAGAACGCAACUGAAGACGCCAUUGCUGCUUGGGAAAAGGCAAAGGGUGAACGUGCUGCAGCUGAGCACACACACGAAGCUCACACCCCGAGUCUCGACACGGACAGCCAGCCUGUGCUUCCGCCCAACGAGAGAACAAAGAAUUUCAAGCGUCGACGGGCAGACUCGGGACUUAGCAGCACAGGCGCCAGCCCAGGUGGCAGCCCACAGAAGAAAAGGCGACUUGAGCAACUGACCGCUGGCCCGGGUAUUGAAGAUACUGGCUUGGAAGAGGAGUCGACCUGGAGCUUUGCGGAACCACUGCCCCAGAAAAGAGGCACAUUGGUAGUUGGCGUACCUGCUCGACCGCACUUCGAUCCAGCCGAGUACAUUCCUGUAGGCCCGUCUUCGAGCUCUCAGAAUACCUCCCCUCCCCACCCUCUCCCAAACAGGGAUACUGCUCAACGGGAAGCAGAAGUAAGCCAACGGACGAUUCCCGAUUCACAAGACUUUCCCGAGUCAAUUCCAUCCCAUAUAACUGCUACCAGCGGGCUGGUGAGAGAUAGCGAGUCGCUCCGAGACUCAGCCAUUGGGCCCUCGGACUCUCAAUCUCUUCACUCAACCCAUCCGGGGGAUCGCCAGGACCAUACUUCAGAAAACCGUGUCGCAGUUCCUAUAGCCACGACAACCACAAGUCAGGAAGCCUCCGAGAAGAGCUCUAAGCCAGCUACCAGCCAAGGGCAAUCAGAGCUUUCCGGGGAACCCAUCCCCUCGCGUCAGCCAGACAGCCCUCUCCACGACACCCCAUCCUUCCAGUCUACCUCUACGAGUGGUCGGGCGGUCCUUGCGGACAGCAAUCUUGGCGGAGGCUCAACCGUACCUCCUGAAUUUCCGGCGGACACACCAUCGCAUCAUUUGGGCCGUGACCAUUCUCCUCCACCUGGGAAUUUCCUGUCGCAACCCGACUUUGGCCUGGAAGUCCCGACGUUAGAGAGCUCCUUGCCCAGGCCUUCUGACCGAACCGCAAGCGAGAUAACUUCGAGUGGGAAUGCAAGUGGAAAGAACCUACUCCUUGGUACUCACGUCAGCCGAAGCGUUAUCACAGACACUUCGCCUCAUUCUGCCCAAGUCGUACGACCUCUCAGCAGCAACCCUGGAGACAUCCGGACCCAAAGCGACGACCAGAUCAGUAUUGGCGACAACGAGGACCAAGCCGCCGCGGCCACAGAGCAUAGCGUGUCUACUGAGCUACCAGACCCUCAGAGUGCCGGCCACCCUUUGUCUAGACUGAACGGAGAUAUCCCAACUUCAAGUUCCAACAUUAACAACCACGAGCCCGCUCCACCUAGUGUAGCAAGAAGCGAUCACGGCCCCCCAUCGGACCAAGAGGUUAUCGCUCAGAUUGUUGACCUCGAAGAAGGUUCAGCAGGGCAAGAGUCACAGGCUUCCCCAAGCCCCCUUUCCCGGAUCCAUUCGCCAAGCACCCCGCCAGCCCGGAACUCGGACAAGUUCUCCGCGUCGCGCCCGCGCCCAUCAACCCCUUCGCCACCCGAUAUGGAUCGCUCCUCGCGUGAUGCUAGUACCCCGCUCUCGGCGGUCGAGCGAUUCAGGAAGCUGCAAGCCGAGGUAUUCGGUCAAUCCCCUGCGCAAUCGUCUGACUCGACUUCCUCCCGGGAGACUGGCACAGGUAGCUCCCAAUUCUCACUCUCGCCGGCCGCGCAACCUCAACAGGCUGGGGCAUCGAAUGUAGUCGCGCCUUCAAGUGGACAGUACACCGCGACAGGUGAUUUGGCUGCUAGUCCAGCGCUGCAUCCCACGUCCGCCAUUGGAGAUACUCCAAGCAACGCUCAGUCCCCUCAUGUCCAGUAUACUCUACCCCAUCUCCGAGCCAAUUUAGUUGAUCGUCAUCAGAAUGAGGCCAUAGUGCCGGCAACUGUUGCUCCCUUGGACCUGGCGCCGGCAGCUGAACCAUCGACUAUCCAAGAUAUUGUGGUGCCUGAGGCGACUAGUCAUGCCCUAUUCGAGGCCAGCACCAGUGAGGAAACCGCGGAUGAUGUGCUGCCUGGGAUAGAGUCGCAGCAGUCUCCCACCGAAAUGGAAGACGACUCGUUUCUUGCUGCUGUCGUGAGACCCGUCACCGCUGGCUCCAACGGAUAUAUUGUUACCCUGCCGAUGCUAGCCAGCACUCGCGCUCAGUACCUCAAGGCAAUCCACGCCAACAAGUCUUCGAUGUUGGCAUAUGGCGAUUUCUUCACCACGGACAACGCCAAGAUUCCCGACGGUGCCCUUAUCUCCACGAUGGAUUCGAUAUUCCAGCACCUGUCUGACCUUUGCGACAUGCCUGCUUUUGCCGAGAGUCUUCCCGAAAUGACGCCCGACGGUAAGAAGAAGCAUGCAACUGGCACCAACAGCAAAUUCUCGUUUGUCUACGAACUGCUGGAGCAGCUGCAGGACUUGGAUACCCGAGUUCUUCUUGUCGCCAGGCCGGGCCGCGUCCUUGAAUUCAUCGAAGCCGUCGUGGCCACGUCGGGUUUCAGCUAUCAUCAUCUGGGUCAGGGGACUGCUGCUAGCGGCGACUCCGAGAAGCUCGCCGUUAUCCUCGCCAGUUCAGACCAAGAUCUCACCGGAAUCCAGCCAGGAGUUGACGUUGUCAUCCUUUUUGACAGCUCUGCUAGGUCUGUAGAUCUUCCAGAGUCACUGGCUCGCGACGGGAUGGCUCAUCCAAUCGUCCUAUCCCUUGUCGUAACGUGCUCGAUUGAACACAUCGACCUGCGGCUCUCAGAGAACAUGGAUCCGCUCUCGAGAAGGAAUGCCGUGAACUUCGCAUUGGUGGCAUCGCAAGAGCUUAUCAGAGACCCUAAGCGUUCGGGUUUCAUGGAACCGCAUGAGGUGGCGCUGCAUUUUGCCGAGUUCAUCAGAGACCCGGACGCAGACCUAGAAUGGGAGCCGCAGGGCAUCCCAGAUGACUUGUUCGACUUCUACCUGAGCUCCCAAGUUCCGCCAAGGGAGCCACUGGGCGAUAGCGCCGGACUGGGAGACGAUUCGGCAAGAUCAAAGAGUCGCAAGCGUCUAAUCCAGGAUGACGUCGAGGAAGAAACACCCAAGCGGGCCAGAAUAGCCGGGACCCAAGAACCGGCGGCAAACCGGACGCCGCCCGCGAUGAGCGAUCUACUAAAGAAGCUCCUCGCGACCCGUGGUCCUAAUAGCAAGGUCUUGGAGCCGACGGUCGAGGUAUCGGUGUCGCAACUCGAGUCGUUGGCUUCAAAGAUUGCGCUGCUGUCGAGCCGCCUGAGAGAUAAGGGCGUCAUCGAGACAAAAUUAGGAGAACACGUCAAGAGCCUCGAGACGCAGGUCAAAUCCCACGAGAAAUCCAUCAGAGACAUCCAACCCAAGUAUAUGGAGGCUCUCCGGGAUAGAGGCGUGUAUGAAGUGGAGCAAAUCAAGGCCCUUGAAAUGGCGGCCAAGAUGGCACAGCAACUCGAGACAAGCAAGGCGGAGGACCUGCGCGUCAAGGAGCAGAAUAUCCUCCUCGAAACAAAGCUUGCCGAGGCUACUACUGCAGUGCUUCGCGGGUCCUCAGACGCCGAGAUUUCGAGCCUAGCCUCCUCCUCUGCAAGGGAGCUACAGGAAGCGAAAGCCAAGAUCGAGACCCUGGAGAAGAAGUUGGCCACCAUCCAAAAGGACAUGGACUACAGCCGCGAGGCCUACCAGAGAGCCUCGACCUCGGCCAGCGAACUCGGGCUCGAGAACAGCGAGCUCAAGGAGCGGAUCAAGGAGCUGGAGCGUAUGGCGGCGGACAACCUGGCCAGGAUCCAGCAGAUCAAUGCCCAGAACGAGAGCCAGGAGUACCAGCGGCAGUGGGAGGAGAGCCGGGCCAUCCUCAGGGACAGGGAGCGUGAGCUCGACCGAGUCAGGGAGGAGCUCCGGCAGCUCAAGAGCGGGCGGCGCGAGACCAGGCACCCGAGCGUCCCUCGUAGUCCGAGGACGGGGGUCAUGAGCCCGCGCGUGGUCGGCCGGGGAGCGGGCGGCGGCGCCAGUAGCAGAGGCACGAGCCCGGCUGCCUCGGGCGGCAUGGAUGGCAGCCCGGUGGCCGGUAUGACAUUCUUCAACCAGGCGCCGGGCAAUGGCCGGUGGGGCCACUUGAGAGACUGAGGAGGUUCUAGAGCGAGUGCAAACGUGACCCGUGACCGAGUUUGAUUUGCUUUGUCAUUGCUGGCAGCUAGCCCUAGCUGACUAGGGAGCUUACCUUCGAACGCAUUUAUUCAUGGCUCGGAUAAGGAAUAGGGGCUUCGACAUCACUUCGACAACCUAUUAUAUCAUGUCAUCGGAAAUGGCAGGGGAUUUGCUAUUAUUGGUGCCUUUUAAGGGCUUGUUGUUUCACUAUGGUGGAAAAGAGGCUUGCUAGUGAGGUU